AUGCCUCAAAAAUCCUCGAACCGCAAAUCUUACCAAAAUAUUCCAAGUGAUGAUGAAUCCGGUAAUAGUCCUGAUCAAGAUGGGGGAGAUGACAUUGUUCAAAUUUUCACCGCAUUUAAUAAUUUAAAAGAUCGUAUGGAAAAGAGGGUAAAAGACAAACAACGAAAGCUUUCCUCAGAAUGUGACUCAGUGAUUCAACAAAUAUCCGAAUUUGCCCAUGAGCUUGUAUCAAGGCAAAAACAAGAAAUUGAUGCCAAAAUUAAUGAAUAUAAACGUAAAUAUGAAGAAUUAGAUGAAGAGAAGCUCACUAUCGUCAAAAAGUUAAGAUCUGAGGAAGCAAAAUAUUUGCAAUUACAUGAUUCGAUUAUUUGUGAACUUGAUAAAAUUGAUCUUGCUCAAAUGGAAACAAAUCAGGAAUUUGAAAAAAAAUACUUGUCGUUUAUUGACG